AUGUCUCUACCAAUCGGAUCUCUCUCUUUCUGUCUCUCUCUUUCCGUAUCAGUUCGUGUCUCUACCAAUCUGAUCUCUCUCUUGCUGUCUCUCUCUUUCCGUAGUAAGCUCACUAUGAUUUAUCUACCUCGCUUUACAAUUCUAAUGUUUAUGUCAGUCAGUUCAUGUCUCUACCAAUCUAAUCUCUCUCUUUCUGUCUCUCUCUUUCGUGUCUCCACCAAUCUAAUCUCUCUCUUUCUGUCUCUCUCUUUCAGUAGUAAGCUCACUAUGAUUUAUCUACCUCGCUUUACAAUUCUAACGUUUAUGUCAGUCAGUUCAUGUCUCUACCAAUCUGAUCUCUCUUUCUGUCUCUCUUUCCGUAUCAGUUCGUGUCUCUACCAAUCUAAUCUCUCUCUUUCUGUCUCUCUCUUUUUCCGUAUUCAUGUCUCUACCAAUCUGAUCUCUCUCUCUCUGUCUCUCUCUUUCCGUAGUAAACUCAUUAUGAUUUAUCUACCUCGCUUUCUUUUACUCUUAUUCUUUCUUUCUUUCUUUCUUUCUUUCUUUCUUUCUUUCUUUCUUUCUUUCUUUCUUUCUUUCUUCUGUCUUUCUCACGUACUCUUUUUCAUUCUUCCUUUCUUUUUUCUCUCUUUCUCACACACUCUCUUUCGUUCUUUCUUUCUUUUUAUCUCUCUUUCUCACACACUCUCUUUCGUUCUUUCUUUCUUUUUAUCUCUUUCUCACACACUCUCUUUCGUUCUUUCUUUCAUUCUUUCUUUAUUUCUUUAUUUCUCACGCGUUGGCUUUCAUUCUUUUUUUCUGUCUUUCUCACGAACUCUCUUUCAUUCUUUCUUUCUUUUCUAUUUUUCUCACACACUCUCAUUCUUUCUUUCUUUCUUUUCUACUUUUCUCACACACUCUCAUUCUUUCUUUCUUUUUUUUCUCUUUCUCACGAACUCUCUUUCAUUUUACUUUCUUUUUUCUCUUUCUAACGUACUCUCUUUCAUUCUUUCUUUCUUUUUCUCUCUUUCUCAAGCACUCUCUUUCAUUCUUUCUUUCUUUUUCUCUCUUUCUCAAGCACUCUCUUUCAUUCUUUCUUUCUUUUCUAUUUUUCUCACACACUCUCAUUCUUUCUUUCUUUUUUCUCUAUUUCUCCUGCACUCUCUUUCAUCCAUUCUUUCUUUUUUCUGCCUUUACUUCUUUCUUUCUUUCAUUUCAAAAAUAUUACGCGUCCGUUCCUAUUCUGUAAAGUUGACCCAUAAUUCAAUUUAUUUCAAUCUUGUUCAAGUUCCCUCUCCAGGCUCUCAACGUUCUCUCUAA